AUGGCACGGCCGGCUGCGCCCUGGCACUCGAGGCUCCUGGCUCGCAUCCUCGGCGGCACCUGGUGCCUGCUCUACGUCGCCGGACAGGUAUGCGGAGACCAAAGCCAAGGGGCUGUUUUCCUGAGGGAAUUUACGCUAAUUCGGCGAGAGAGCCUUCAUGAAGAUUUCCUGUCUGACCUCUUGAAUAGUCACAAAACUGAAGACCUGAGCUCCAGGACGGCACGCUCUGAGGAGGACCGAGAUGGCCUGUGGGAUGCUUGGGGCCCAUGGAGUGAGUGCUCACGCACCUGCGGUGGAGGGGCCUCCUACUCGCUGAGACGCUGCCUCAGCAGCAAGAGCUGUGAGGGAAGAAAUAUCCGAUAUAGAACAUGCAGUAAUGUGGACUGCCCCCCAGAAGCAGGCGACUUCCGGGCUCAACAAUGCUCCGCUCACAAUGAUGUCAAGCACCAUGGCCAAUUUUAUGAAUGGCUUCCUGUGUCUAAUGACCCUGACAACCCAUGUUCACUCAAAUGCCAAGCCAAAGGAACAACCCUGGUUGUUGAACUUGCACCUAAAGUCUUAGAUGGCACCCGUUGCUACACAGAGUCUUUGGAUAUGUGCAUCAGUGGUUUGUGCCAAAUUGUUGGCUGCGAUCACCAGCUGGGAAGCACCAUCAAGGAGGAUAACUGUGGAGUCUGCAACGGGGAUGGGUCCACCUGCCGGCUGGUCCGAGGGCAGUAUAAAUCCCAGCUCUCCGCAACCAAAGUGGAUGAUACUGUGGUUGCUGUUCCUUAUGGAAGCAGACAUAUUCGCCUCGUCUUAAAAGGACCUGAUCACUUGUAUCUGGAAACCAAAACCCUGCUGGGGGCUAAAGGUGAAAACAGUCUCAGCUCGACAGGCAACUUUCUUGUGGACAAUUCUAGUGUCGACUUCCAGAAAUUUCCAGACAAAGAGAUACUGAGAAUGACUGGACCACUCACAGCAGAUUUCAUUGUCAAGAUCCGCAACUCGGGGCCCGCUGACAGCACAGUCCAGUUCAUCUUCUACCAGCCCAUCAUCCACAGAUGGAGAGAGACAGAUUUCUUUCCUUGCUCAGCAACCUGUGGAGGAGGUUACCAGCUGACAUCGGCCGAGUGUUAUGAUCUUCGGAGCAACCGUGUGGUUGCUGAUCAGUACUGCCACUAUUACCCGGAGAACGUCAAACCCAAACCCAAACUUCAAGAGUGCAACUUGGAUCCUUGCCCAGCCAGUGACGGAUACAAGCAGAUCAUGCCUUAUGACCUCUACCAUCCCCUUCCUCGGUGGGAGGCCACCCCGUGGACCGCGUGCUCCUCCUCGUGUGGGGGGGGCAUCCAGAGCCGGGCAGUUUCCUGUGUGGAGGAGGACAUCCAGGGGCAUGUCACCUCAGUGGAAGAGUGGAAAUGCAUGUACACCCCUAAGAUGCCCAUCGUGCAGCCCUGCAACAUUUUUGACUGUCCUAAAUGGCUGGCACAGGAGUGGUCUCCGUGCACGGUGACAUGUGGCCAGGGCCUCAGGUAUCGGGUGGUCCUCUGCAUCGACCAUCGCGGGAUGCACACAGGAGGUUGUAGCCCCAAAACCAAGCCCCACAUAAAAGAGGAAUGUGUCAUACCCACUCCCUGCUAUAAACCCAAAGAGAAGCUUCCAGUAGAGGCCAGGCUUCCGUGGUACAAGCAAGCUCAAGAGCUGGAAGAAGGAGCCGCUGUGUCAGAAGAGCCCUCGUUCAUCCCCGAAGCCUGGUCGGCCUGCACGGUCACCUGCGGUGUGGGGACCCAGGCGCGAACCGUGAGGUGCCAGGUGCUCCUGUCUUUCUCUCAGUCGGUGGCUGACCUGCCUGCUGACGAAUGUGAAGGGCCCAAGCCGGCAUCCCAGCGCGCCUGUUACGCGGGACCGUGCCAGGGGGACGCUCCCGAGUUGAACCCCGAAGAGACGGACGGCCUCUUUGGGGGCCUGCAGGAUUUGGACGAGCUGUACGACUGGGAAUACGAAGGCUUCACCACGUGCUCCGAGUCAUGCGGAGGAGGUGUCCAGGAGGCUGUGGUGAGCUGCCUGAACAAGCAGACACGGGAGCCUGCUGAUGAGAACCUGUGUGUGACCAGCCGCCGUCCCCCGCGACUCCUCAAGUCCUGCGGUCUGGAGCCCUGCCCGGCCAGGUGGGAAAUUGGCAAGUGGAGUCCAUGCAGUCUCACCUGUGGGGUUGGCCUGCAGACCAGAGAUGUCUUCUGCUCCCACCUGCUUUCCAGAGAGAUGAAUGAAACCGUAAUCCUGGCUGAUGAACUGUGUCGUCAGCCCAAGCCCAGCACGGUACAAGCUUGUAACCGCUUCAACUGCCCCCCGGCCUGGUACCCUACACAGUGGCAGCCGUGUUCCAGGACCUGUGGAGGGGGCAUCCAGAAGCGUGAGGUUCUUUGCAAACAGCGCAUGGCUGAUGGCAGCUUCCUGGAGCUUCCUGAGACCUUCUGUUCAACCUCGAAACUGGCCUCCCAGCAGGCCUGCAAGAAAGACGACUGUCCCAGCGAGUGGCUCCUCUCUGACUGGACAGAGUGUUCCACGAGCUGUGGUGAAGGCACGCAGACUCGAAGCGCCAUUUGCCGGAAGGUGCUGAAAACCGGGCUUUCAGCUAUCGUCAAUUCCUCCCUGUGCCCUCCCCUGCCCUUCUCUUCAGCCAUCAGGCCCUGCAUGCUGGCCACCUGUGCACGGCCCGGGCGGCCAUCCACCAAGCACAGCCCUCACAUCGCGGCCGCCAGGAAGAUCUAUAUCCAGACUCGGCGACAGAGGAAGCUGCACUUUGUUGUUGGGGGGUUCGCCUACCUGCUCCCCAAGACGGCGGUGGUGCUGCGCUGCCCCACGCGGCGCUUCCGCAAGCCCCUGAUCACAUGGGAGAAGGACGGCCAACACCUCAUCAGCUCGGCGCAUGUCACCGUGGCCCCCUUCGGCUACCUGAAGAUCCACCGCCUCAAGCCCUCGGACGCGGGCAUCUACACCUGCUCGGCGGGACCCGCCCGCGAGCAGUUUGUCAUUAAGCUCCUCGGAGGCAACCGGAAGCUGGUGGCCCGGCCGCUGAGCCUGCGGGGCGAGGAGGAGGCCCUCGUGGCGAGGAAGGCCGGCCCGAAGGAGGCCCUGCAGACCCACAAACACCAGAACGGCAUCUUCUCUAACGGCAGCAAGGCGGAGAAGCGGGGCCCCGCCGGCGACCGGGGGAGCCGCUACGACGACCUUGUCUCCCGGCUGCUGGAGCAGGGGGGCUGGCCUGGGGAGCUCCUCGCCUCGUGGGAGGUGCAGGACUCCACGGAAAGGAACACGUCCUCCGAGGAGGACCAGAACGCAGAGCAGGCCCUCUGGCACCUGCCCUUCACCAUGGUGGCCGAGCAGAGGCGCCUGGACGACAUCCUCAGGAACCUCUCACAGCAGCCAGAGGAGCUUCGAGACGUCUACAGCAAGCACCUGGUGGCCCAGUUGGCCCAGGAGAUCUUCCGCAGCCACAUGGAGCACCAGGACGUGCUGCUCAAGCCGUCAGAGCGGCGGAUGCCCCCCGUGGCCAUCUCCCCUCAUAAGCACGUGUCUGGCUUUAGCAGCUCGCUCCGGACCUCGGCCGCCGGGGAGGCCGCGGGUGGCUCUCGCCGGCCCCACCGCAAGCCCACCAUCUUGCGGAAGAUCUCAGCUGCCCAGCAGCUUUCGGCCUCCGAGGUGGUCACCCACCUCGGGCAGACUGUGGCUCUGGCCAGCGGGACGCUGAGCGUGCUUUUGCACUGUGAGGCCAUAGGCAACCCGAGGCCUACCAUCAGCUGGGCCAGGAACGGAGAAGAGGUGGAUGUUGACAUGAUAUUAGGUGAACAGAUCUUUGGCCUUGUGAAACUAGGGAGGAUUCUUCUGCAGCCAGAUGAUUCCUUACAGAUCCUGGCACCAGUGGAAGCUGAUGUGGGUUUCUACACUUGCAAUGCCACAAAUGCCUUGGGCUAUGACUCUGUCUCCAUUGCCGUCACGUUAGCAGGAAAACCACUAGUGAAAACAUCACGAGGGACUGUGAUCAACACUGAGGAGGCUGCCAUCGCAGUUGACGUGGGAAGCACUGUCAAAACAGUACAAGGAGUGAAUGUGACAAUUAACUGCCAAGUUGCAGGUGUGCCUGAAGCUGAAGUCACUUGGUUCAGGAACAAAAGCAGACUGGGCUCCCCUCCCCAUGGGCACGAGGGCUCCUUGCUGCUCACAGACGUGUCCCCCUUGGAUCAGGGUCUUUACUCCUGCAGGGCAGCCAAUGUCCAUGGAGAGCUGACUGAGAACACGCAGCUGCUGAUCCUAGAUCCUCCCCAAGUCCCAACGCAGUUAGAAGACCUCAGGGCCUUGCUUUCAGCCACUGGACCGAACCUUCCUUCAGUGCUGACAUCUCCUCUGGGAGCACAGCUGGUCCUGGAUCCUGGGAAUUCUGCUCUCGUUGGCUGUCCCAUCAAAGGUCACCCUACCCCCAACAUCACGUGGUUCCAUGGUGGUCAGCCAGUCGCGACUGUCCCAGGACUGACACAUCACAUCUUGGCAGCUGGACAGAUUCUACAGGUGGCAAAUCUUAGCGGCGGGUCUCAAGGGGAGUUCAGCUGCAUUGCUCAGAACGAGGCAGGAGUGCUCGUGCAGAAGGCCUCUUUAGUGAUCCAAGAUUACUGGUGGUCUGUGGACAGACUGGCAACCUGCUCGGCCUCCUGUGGUAACAGGGGCGUUCAGCAGCCCCGCUUGAGGUGUCUCCUGAACAGCACAGAGGUCAGCCCUACUCACUGUGCGGGGAAAGUGCGCCCCGCUGUGCAGCCCAUCGCCUGCAACCGGAGAGACUGCCCUUCUCGGUGGAUGGUGACCUCCUGGUCAGCCUGUACCCGGAGCUGUGGGGGAGGCGUCCAGACCCGCCGGGUGACCUGCCAGAAGCUGAAAGCCUCUGGGAUCUCCACCCCUGUGUCCAAUGAUCUGUGCACACAGCUCGCCAAACGGCCAGUAGACACCCAGGCCUGCAACCAGCAGCUCUGCGUGGAGUGGGCCUUCUCCAACUGGGGCCAGUGCAACGGGCCUUGCAUCGGGCCUCACCUAGCCGUGCAACACAGACAAGUGUUCUGCCAGACACGGGAUGGCAUCACCUUACCGUCGGAGCAGUGCAGCGCCCUUCCGAGGCCCGUGAGCACCCAGAACUGCUGGUCAGAAGCCUGCAGCGUACACUGGAGGGUCAGCCUGUGGAGCCUGUGCACGGCGACAUGUGGCAACUACGGCUUCCAGGCCCGGCGCGUGGAGUGCGUGCAUGCCCGCACCAACAAGGCCGUGCCCGAGCACCUGUGCUCCUGGGGGCCCCGGCCGGCCAACUGGCAGCGUUGCAACAUCACCCCAUGCGAAAACAUGGAAUGCAGGGACACCACCAGGUACUGCGAGAAGGUGAAGCAGCUGAAACUCUGCCAGCUCAGCCAGUUCAAAUCUCGCUGCUGUGGGACCUGUGGCAAAGCGUGA